AUGAACCUCCAUCAACCUACUCAUCCUCCAGAAGAACCCUCCAUCGCCACUGAGGUUGAGCAACUUCUUCCGCCCCUCAGCCCUGAUCUUGGGCCAUGGGAACGAUCUACUCUAGAAGCUCCGCCCAUGGAUGAUGAGCUGCCGCAAGAAUCCACGUCUGAUGUGAACAAUAGGCUUGCCACAGACACCCCGCCAGAAAGUGCACGAAAUGAUACCAUCCAAGACAGCGCUAUACUAGAGACGAUUGAAAGGUCCAUCCAAGUGGCCGACACAUUCGGGGAUUCAACUCGCCACCAAUCAGAUCCCUUUGCAACUAACGCGGCAGAUAGCAUUCAUGACCUCGCCCGCGUCCUUAAUGAUCAGCUCCAACAACACCAUGACUGCUGCCGCCAAUGCCAUGAGCAGCAGGAGCGUGUACAUGAAGCACAGCAUACAGAGCAUCCAGGCUUGGGAGAGUACAUGGACCGGGUUCAGGCAGAUGGGGGAUAUCCAGACAUUCUCAGCGCGGCGAUCUUCAUAUUGUAG